GAUUCCUAUUCAGAAUGUGAAAGGCAAACCAAACACCUCCAACAUACGUUGUUGGGCACUUUUUGCUCGCCUCCAAAAUUGAUGUGCCAAAAAUGCAACUGACUUCUCAUAUGAUACAACUCCUUUCUCUACUCAACAUCAUAUAAGCAACUACCCCAGCAGGAGGUGGUGGUGGAGGACCAACUCCAAGUCCCAAAGUCCCUAAUCCACCUUCUUUUGCCAUCAGAGAAAAGCUCUGCUCGUCUUCUUUCUGAGUCUUUGCUUUUUCCUCACUCAAUCCCUCCCACGGAAAAGUACACCCACUAAACUCUGUUUCAAAUCUGCUUUACCAACGAAUUGGAGGCCCCAAAAGUCACUAGCUUCCUUUAAUUAUUGUAACCUGUGCAACUUUUGAUCCUUGCAUAGGAAACAGAGGAGACCCAAAAAAAAAAAACUGUUGUUGCAGAGGAGAUCACUCUUGUUUUUCCCUGUUUACUUGGAUUCUUGCAUAUUAUUAACAAUGAAUAUUGUUAGCUAUGUUAUUUUAUAGUUUGUGAAGAAUAAAACUAGCUGAAAGCCAAAGGCUUGAGAAAUACUUGUUGGGUCCUUGAGUUCUUUGAUGUUUUGAGGAAGAAGAAGAAGUAUGUUGGGGUCCCAGUAUUGCUGCUGGGAGAAUCAAUACGAAGAUGAAUUGUUGCUAGUGGAACCAAAGCCUUUCACCCUGCCUGCACCCAUUCCUCAAUGGCCUCAAGGUCAAGGUUUUGCUACAGGAAGAAUAUUCUUAGGAGAAAUUGAAGUUGCUCAAGUCACCAAGUUUGAAAGGAUUUGGAGUUGUAAUCUGUUUUGGAGAAAAUCAGAUGGUGUAUCAUUUUAUAGGCCAGUGGAUAUACCGGAUGGCUUUUUCAGUCUAGGUCAUUAUUGCCAGUCAGAUGACAAACAAUUCCAUGCCCAUUUUCUUGUUGCCAGAGAAGUGGCAAGUCUGACUCAUGAUAGCCAAAGUCAUGAUAUGGCAUCUGAAUCUCCAGCUCUUAAGAAGCCUCUUAGCUACAAUUUAGUUUGGAGCUCCAGUUCUCGUAAUGAUGGGCAUGGUUUUAUUUGGCUACCAAAUGCUCCAAGUGGAUACAGAUCAAUGGGCUUUGUGGUCACUAAUGAUGCCGAUGAGCCUGAGCUUGAGGAAGUUAGAUGCGUUCGGGCUGAUCUGACUACAAGUUGUGAAACUAGUGAUAUUUUAUUUAGUGCAGAUACACUUCGUGUAUGGAGCACCAGACCCUGUGAACGAGGCAUGUUUGGCAAAGGUGUUUCAGUCGGGACAUUCUUCUGCAGUCCACUGAGUUGGACAGACUUCUUUGCUUCAUACUUCAGCUCUCUAGACGAAUAUAAUAUUGCUUGCUUGAAAAACCUGGACACCUCUCUGAAUGCAAUGCCAAAUAUCGACCAGACCCAUGCACUCAUUAAGCUCUAUGGACCUACAGUUUACUUCCAUUCUGAUGAGGAAUAUUUACCUUCAUCAGUUUCAUGGUUCUUCAUUAAUGGAGCCCUUCUCUAUAAAGAUGGAAAGGAUGAUGGGAUAGCCAUCGACUCUAGGGGUUCAAAUUUACCUAGGGGUGGAGAAAAUGACGGCAAAUAUUGGCUGGAUUUGGCACUUGAUGAUAAUGAGAGGAAUUAUCUCAUGUGCGGCAACAUGGAGAGUACGGAGCUGUAUGUUCAUGUUAAACCUGCCUUAGGUGGUAGUUUCACUGAUAUUGUCAUGUGGAUAUUUUGCCCCUUCAAUGGGCCAGCAACAAUUAAAGCUCCUUUCAUGAAUAUUCCCCUGAACCGAAUAGGCCAACAUGUUGGUGAUUGGGAGCAUUUUACUCUCCGGAUAAGCAACUUCACUGGUGAGCUUUGGAGUGUUUACUUCUCUGAGCAUAGCGGCGGUGAAUGGUUGGAUGCCUGUGAGUUAGAGUUCAUCAAGGAUAAUAAGCCGAUUGUGUAUUCAUCAAAACAUGGCCACGCAAGUUAUCCACAUGCUGGCUGCUACCUGCAGGGAGCUACAAAGCUUGGAAUAGGAGUCAGGAAUGAUUGUGCUAAAAGCAAGUACUUCGUAGACUCUAGCACUCGGUAUCAAAUCAUUGCAGCCGAAUACCUUGGAAAUGGAGUGCUUGCAGAACCUCAGUGGUUACAGUACAUGAGAGAAUGGGGUCCAACAAUUGUGUAUGAUGCCAGAUCAGAAGCAGAUAAGAUCAUCAGCCACCUUCCAUUUUUGGUUAGAUUCACAGUGGAGAGCCUGUUCGAACUAUUUCCAACUGAGCUUUACGGCGAAGAGGGUCCUACAGGACCUAAGGAGAAGGAUAAUUGGCUUGGAGAUGAAAGGUGUUAGAUAUGCUCUCGAUUAGCCUCUUCGAUAUUAAUAUGGGGUUGAGCAAUGAUCAUGCCUUCAAUCUGCAUUUGCAGCCUGUUACACAAUGCUGGAAGCUGUACUCUAUUGUUUUAUUGCAGUAUGAUUGCCAUUCUUUGGAGCUUUGUAUGCCACUGCAUCUGUGUUUGUAUUCAGUGAAGUCUUUAGGAACACAUUCAGUAUUGAAAAAUCCCAUUGUUGUGCUCAAGACAAUGUAUACAUGUAUGCAGUAUAUUCCACAUCUUGAAUGGGUCAAUUUAAGAUUCUGUCAUUUGGUCUAA